UGCACGAGUUAUGUGGGAUCAGAAAACUGGGCGUUCAAGGGGAUUUGGGUUUGUUUCCUUUCGCAACCAGCAGGAUGCACAAAGUGCAAUUAAUGACUUAAAUGGGAAGUGGCGUGGCAGUCGACAGAUUCGUUGUAACUGGGCAACUAAGGGUGUUGGUACCAUCGAUGACAAGCAGAGCUCUGAUGCCAAAAGUAUCGUAGAACUAACCAAUGGCUCUUCAGAGGAUGGUAAAGAGACAGCAACCAACAACGAAGCUCCUGAGAAUAAUCCUCAAUAUACAACUGUUUAUGUCGGCAACCUUGCUCCCGAGGUCACCCAAGUUGAACUCCACUAUCACUUCCAUGCUCUUGGUGCUGGGUUGAUUGAGGAAGUCGGAGUCCAGCGUGAUAAAGGAUUUGGCUUUGUAAGAUACAAUACUCAUGCUGAGGCAGCUUUGGCUAUUCAACUGGGGAAUGCCCACUCGUAUUUAUGCGGCAAGCAAAUUAAGCAAACCUACACCACCUGGGACAACUUCAAAUCCACUUCACCUUUACCCGGGCUUUCAGCCACCGACCUUUUAGCAUACGAGCAACAACUUGCCAUGAACAAAAUGGGCGGUAUUCACGCCCUGAUGCACCCACAGGGACAACACCCUCUCAAGCAAGCAACGAUGGGAGUCGGUGCUGCGGGAGCAAGCCAGGCCAUAUAUGACGGCGGAUUCCAGAACGUCACGGCUGCCCAGCAGCUAAUGUACUAUCAGUAA